GUUCAGUGAAGGGAGCCUCAAAUGCGCUCUCUGUGAAGUUUAGGUGUUUAAUUUAGUUUGUCUUUGUAGACAAACUUGAUAUCUUACUCUGAAACAGGAUCAGAGAUAAUAAAGAUGAUAAGCAGAUCAAUUAGGAGGAGGAAUAAAUCCUCAUAAUGUGAAAUAUCUGACUGCAGGAUGUGGAGACAGGAAGGAAGGGCAGGGAGAGAAAACUGGCUAGCCAGAUACAAAGGAGAAGAAAACCUUUAUACUUAAUAGGAUGAUCUUACUCAAGGGAAGACAGGGAGGAGUAUAAGAGAGUAUAAGAGAGGAACGAAGGAUUGAAGGAAGCAAUGAAAGCUUACGUGGAUUGGGGAUGCUGUAUGCUGUUGUUUCUGCACCAUACACAUGUUUCCUGGGCUGAGACAUUCGUUGUUAAUGGUUUCUCAAAACCCAUUAUCACUUAUGUCGGAGAAGAUGUGAUCCUGCUUGCCACUCUCUCACCAUUACUUAAUGCAGAGGAUUUUGAAGUGACGUGGACUCGAAUGGACCUCAGAUCUCCUGUGCUUUUAUACCAUGAUAAAAUCAUCAUCAGUCAGGUUGAAUCCUAUAUUGGAAGAGUAACGAUUCUUCAGGAAAAACUGAAAUACAGCAAUGUAUCAUUAAUAAUCAAAAAUAUACGUGUUUCUGAUGAAGGACUGUACAGAUGUUUUGUGGAUUCUGGACAAUGGAAUGCAGAUACUUUGAUUACUUUGAAUGUUGAAGUUUUAGGUGCACAGCCUACCAUUUCCAUGAACACUGCUGAGGACCAGCAGACCACACUGGACUGUAGUGCUGAGAAGUGGAACCCCCAACCUCAAGUCAUCUGGACGGACAUGAAUGGUGUACAUGUGACAUCACAGUCCCCAAUAACAGCAGAGCAGGAUAAGGAGGGACUGCUGAGAGUGAGCAGUGUCAUCCCAGUGAAGAAAGAGUACAAUGUGUUCACCUGCCUGAUGAGAAGUAAUGCACCAAAGCCAAACUGGCCAUCCAGUCUCACCAUCUACAGUUUCUCGCCAGGAAUCUCUGUCUGGUUGGUGGCUUUCUGCAUCUUGUUGAUUCUUUGUAUGAUAGUAACUCCUCCUCUGAUCAUUCAAUGGAGAAAAAUGGGAGAAAUGAAGAGAAGAUAUGAUUCAGUAGUCAAAUUCUUUCCUGUGUAUUUUCUGCACAAAGAAAUUGAGAUGUCACAGCGUGUCACUCAUGCAGAAUGGAGGAGGAUCUGCAGUUCAGCAGUGGAUGUGACUCUGGAUCCUAAUACAGUAAAUCCGUUGCUUACCAUGUCUAAGGAUGGAAAACAAGUGCGACAUGGAGAAAGAUGGCAGAACUUGACUGAUAAUCCAGAGAGGUUUAAUUAUGGCUACAUUGUCCUGGCCAGGGAAGGAUUCGCCUCAGGAAGACACUACUGUGAGGUACAGGUUGGAGAGAAGACCAAGUGGACCUUAGGAGUUGCCAGGGAGUCUGUCAACAGAAAGGGGAAGAUUAAUCUGAAGCCAGAUAUGGGAUUCUGGACUGUGGGGCUGAGGAACGGAAAUGAGUAUGAAGCUCUUUCUGAUACCCGCACUCUCCUUCCCGUGAAAGGGAAUCCCCGAAGAGUGGGGGUAUUUCUAGAUUCUGAUGAAGGUCAGCUUUCCUUUUAUGAUGCCGAGUCCAGAUCUCACCUCUAUACCUUCAUGGACUCCUUCAGUGAUAGAAUCUUUCCACUUUUAAGUCCUGGUAUUAAUACGGAUGGUAAAAACGCAGACCCUCUAAUCAUCUGCCCAGUACCCACACAAUGAACACUCAGAAUUUACAUCUUGCGAACAUAACCCUGUGACACCACAUAAAGUUCCAAUGAAAAUAAACAACUCUGUGUACUGCAGCUCUUUAUUUCCCUUACAAAAUGGGGAUAGCAUGAAAUAAAUUGCUGUAUAUACUCACAUAUACAAUAAGUCGGGGCUUGAAACCCGAAAAAUCAAUCAUAAAAUUUUUUUUUUUGCAUC